UCCGCCGGCCGCUCUAGCCGCCGUCGCUAUCACUCCUUGGUUUCCGGCUGCGUUCUGACUGUUCUGCGCCUUGUGAUUCCUGGAGACGGGCUCUGCGCGUGGAGAGGUGCGUGGUCGCGUCCUCGCACUCCCCACCCGCAUGUUCGAGGAGCCGGAGUGGGCCGAGGAGGCCCCGGCAGCCGCGGGCCUCGGGCCUGUGUCCUCAUGGCCUCGGCCCUCGGCAGCCUCGAAGAUCAAAGGCUCCAAGCGCCGCCAGCUCUUGGCCACAUUACGGGUCCUGGAGGCAGCAUCUCUUCCCCAGCAGUCCCUUAGCCUGCCUGGCAGUGACUCUGAGGAGGAGGAGGUGGUGGAAAGGAAGAAGAAACGCCCGAAAAAGGCCUCAUUUGCCAGUGUUUCUACUGAAAUAGAGGAGAAAAGGAAGAAGAAACAUCAAAAACAGGACCCACCUGGCAGUGACUCUGAGGAAAAGGAAGUAGAAAGGAAGAAGUGCUGCAAAGGGGCUCUUCUUGGCAGUGGUUCUGCUGAAGAAAAGAAAAGGAAGAGGAAAUGCCAGAAACAGGCCCCUUCAAACGCUGCCCAGCACCUGGACAAUGGUGACCAAACAGGUCCCAAAGCUUGGAAGAGUAGUGGUGCAAAUGGCCCACCUGAGCCAAGCCCUGGGACCACUUCCCCUGAAGCCCCCCAUACCUUGAGUCGCAAGCAGUGGCGGAACCGGCAGAAGAACAAGCGUAGACACAAAAACAAGUUUCGGCCACCUCAGCCCCCAGACCAGGCUCCAGCCACAGCCCCCGCGGAGGAGACAGAGGUGCCUCCUGCCCCCAGUCCAGACAACCGUGAGGCUCGGGCGGGGGCUCUGCGAGCCCGUAUGGCGCAGCGGCUGGAUGGUGCCCGAUUUCGCUACCUCAAUGAACAACUGUACUCAGGGCCCAGCAGUGCUGCACAACGCCUUUUCCAGGAAGACCCUGAGGCCUUUAUCCUCUACCACCGCGGCUUCCAAAACCAAGUCAAGAAGUGGCCGCUGCAGCCUGUAGACCGCAUUGCCAGGGAUCUUCGCCAGCGGCCUGCCUCCCUGGUGGUAGCUGACUUCGGCUGUGGGGACUGCCGCCUGGCUUCAAGUAUCCGGAACCCUGUACACUGCUUUGACUUGGCCUCUCUGGACCCCAGAGUCACUGUGUGUGACAUGGCCCAGGUGCCUCUGGAGGAUGAGUCUGUAGAUGUGGCUGUGUUCUGCCUUUCACUGAUGGGAACCAACAUCAGAGACUUCCUAGAGGAGGCAAAUCGAGUGCUGAAGCCAGGGGGUUUCCUGAAAGUGGCUGAGGUCAGCAGCCGCUUUGAAGAUGUUCGGACGUUUCUGGGGGCUGUGACCAAACUAGGCUUCAAGGUCAUCUCCAAGAUCUUCACACCAACAUCACCUUUCUUCUAUGGAAGAAACUGGCUAAAUCCUCACCAAAAUGUCCUUUUCCUGGACAGAUACUUAAGCUGCAUUUCCGAGCUUCUUGCAUGAAGGCGGGGCUGUGUGAGCAGUCCUCGCCAGUGAAAAGUAAGUAGAAGUAGAUGAGCCUUCUCCACAUUCUCCCACCACCUCCUCUGCCUUCCAGGGUGACCUUGAGGCACAUGUUUUGAAAAUGAUGGAGUCAAAGCAUAGAAGUCUGGAUAUCUGAGUCACUGCUUAGAGGAAAGGUGGUUGGCCGAGAACAUGCACGUGGGACUUUGAACAAGGAGUAAACCUCUGUUGCAUUAGUUUAGUGAGCUUUGGGAAUGUUAUGGCAGUUGGCUUUAUAUACUGUGGCUAAUUAACCUAUCUUCUCUGGGCAUCCUGUCCAGCUUACUCUUGAUCACAAAACUGUUUUUGUCUUCUUCAGGGUGCUUCAGACAUUUAAUUACCUUACCAGAUGCCAGUCAACAUUUCCCACCUGUCCUAUGAAUUUGAAUAUUAGGAAAAAAAUGCUCACAUGAGGAAGUUGAGAUACUCAUUUUAUCAGUUACAUUUUGAUUGUGAUAAAAAAAACUCCCACUAAAGACGUCUUAAACAAAUUAGAUUUUUCUUCUAAUAUAAGUAGAAACAGCUUGGGAUGCUCAAGUGGCUGUUGGCACGAGUUCAGGACCUCGAGGAUCUUAGCGAUAAGGUCUCUGAUUCUCUUGGUCUCUUGAUUCUCAUGGUCCCACGAUGAUGUGUUCUUGAUUGAGCAGGGACACCCUACUUAGUGUUACACUUCUUGGCUGUCUUGCUGAGUGCCCCAGCCCCUAUCCUUUUGGCCUUACUCUGAAGGUCCUUCUACGUUGUUAAUGCUCUUGUGUAAAUAUGUCCCAUUAUUCCCUACAGCAUGGCUGAGGCCAAUCUAAAAUAGUAACAUUUUAAAUAUACUUGUCUCCCCCACCCCUUCCCACAUCUCAGAGGCCUGUCAGCAGCUCAUCCAGUUCAAAGCUGCUCUCUCUCCAGCUCAGUGCCAGGGAACAUGGUCUGUUUCUUUCACUCAUUCUUCACCUUCUCUGUCACUUCUAAGAUCGGGAUGGGGGAGGGCAUAUUAAAGGCAAAAAGACCAAACUUCUGUUUAGUUUGGCUCCAUCAGUGUGCUCUGCAAAGACAGGCACUUAAAUGUUGGUUCUGGUGUGGGAUAUUGGGGUUCCUUGGACCUCCCCCCUGCCCCAUGGGGACUUGUGUACUCACUGGCUUUGGUUCCCUCCUUAUGAUACUCAGCCCACACUUCCCCUCAGCUCCUCAGCUCCUGACCCUGAUGGUGUAUGCACAGCCUCAUAGUGCUAAAGUCCCUCACCCUGGCAGGCACCCCUCCUGGGAGAGGGCCCAACAAACACCUCAAGACUGGUUACCUUGCCUAACAGAAUUAGAAAAAGAAGAACAAAGCCCAAAGUCAGUAGAAAGAAGGAAAUAAGAAAAA